AUUUUCUUCGAUGAGCCAAUAACCACCGAGCUUUUGUAGCGUUUCGUUUCAAUGGCGGCAAUUUCUUCUCUCUUCCUUUUCUUCAUCCUCUUCCUCGUUUCUCUCCUCAUCAUCUUAGCUUUCAUCGUACGGCCAAGAUCCGUCAAAAUUCCCAUCAAGUCCCGUCACGUAUUCAUCACCGGUGGAUCAAGCGGAAUCGGACUCGCUCUCGCUCACAGUGCCGUCUCCGAAGGCGCUAAAGUCUCCAUCCUCGCCCGUUCAACUGAAAACCUCGCCGAAGCCAAACGAUCCAUCCAGCUAGCUACCGGUGUUGAGGUCGCUACGUUCUCUGCCGACGUUCGCGAUUACGACGCCGUUUCGAAGGCGGUUGACGAAUCGGGGCCGAUCGAUGUGUUGAUUGUUAAUCAAGGCGUGUUUAUUGGGAAAGAGCUUGAGAAACAGAGUCCUGAGGAGGUUAAGUUCAUGAUUGAUGUGAAUCUGGUUGGGAGCUUCAAUGUGAUUAAGGCUGCUUUGCCUGCUAUGAAAGCAAGGGAAGGUCGUGGUCCUGCUUCCAUUUCUCUUGUGUCCUCUCAAGCUGGUCAGGCAGGUAUCUAUGGUUACACUGCAUAUUCAGCAAGCAAGUUUGGGCUUCAGGGUUUAGCGCAAGCAUUGCAGCAAGAAGUUAUUUCUGAUGACAUUCAUGUGACUCUCUUGUUUCCUCCUGACACUGAUACACCCGGGUUUGAAGAAGAACUGAAGAAGAGGCCAGAGCUAACUUCAAUCAUAGCCGCAUCAUCUGGCUCAAUGAAAACCAAUGAAGUAGCCAAGAUAUGUUUUGAUGGAAUCAAAGCUGGAAAAUUCACAGUGACAUGCCAUUUUAUUGGCUUCUUACUAUCAAUUGCUAGCACCGGCAUGUCCCCUCAGGGAUCGUUUUGGCUUGCUCUCAUUGAAGUUAUGUUCGGUGGUCUAAUAAGACUCGUCAGCUUGGUUUUCCAGUGGCAAUGGUACAAAACCAUAGAAAAGUGGAGUAAAAAAAAAAAACAAGUAAAUAGUAAGUUAGAUUAGGUUAUCAAACUAAUUAUUUUUUCGUAUGAACCAUUAUUUCUUUGAAACAGGUUUAUGAUCUGUAGAGGGUUCAUAAGAAAAUAUUCAUGACAUGUACUAUGAUCAGUCUUGUUUGUACAGUGAACAGGUUCAUGUUUUGUAGUUCCAACUUCGGCUUUU